AUGGCUUCUGAUCAAAAACUGGAUUCCGCAGUUGAGUCUAGUGAGACCCCAAAACCUAUCUUCGACCCGGAAUCCCUUUAUAUUGUUUCGAUCCCCAUCACUACGCAUCGCUCUUACAUAUUUUGCAACCAUAAGCUGACAUUCCUAGAUAGCAGUCAGAAAGUUCCCCUUUACGUACGAGCAGAGGCCAAGAUCACUGGGUUGGCUCGUAAGGGAUGGGACAAGCUUAGGGCCUCGAAUGUUAACAUCAACAAAAAAGUGGUUGUGUUGGCUAACAAGCUUCUCAAUACGAUCCCGUAUGAUGAAAGUUGCCUUCAGUCAUUUCCAGCAAAGAAGGUCAUGGUGCGAGAAAUCAAUGAGGAGCACCUUAAAGAGUUGCCAAAAACAUUGGUUACAGGAGAUAUGAACGAGAAGAACAUUUCUGUCGAUCAAUUGAAACCAAUCCCAGUCUAUCAUCCUAGGUUCCAGGAGGCACUGGCCAUCCUCACCCAGAUGCACCAAUGCCGAGAUCUUUACAGCAGUUACCAUCGCAAGUGGGCAAUUUGGUGUGCCAUUGGCGUCCCGAUUUCAUUACCCCUUGCAAUUAUUCCUGUCAUGCCCAACGUUCCGGGGUUUUACUUGGCUUAUCGGUUGUAUUGUCACAUCAAGGCAUUGAUGGGCGUGAAGAACAUGGGCUACUUGUUGGAGACGGAAGGUGAUCAGUCAUUGGAUCCCACGCCUGCUGACACUACGCAUUUGUCAUUUCAAGCUUGCCCAAAACUUGACGUUCCAUAUUUGGCUGACGCUACAUUUGCCAAGGUCAAAGCUGAGGAUAGCAGUGAAAAUGAACAGGUCCUUUUGACCCACGACACCGUUGAUAGAAUCGUGGAUCAUAGUGGGCUUGAGCAGCUCCGUGACGAUCUUCACAAAGCAUUGAAUCAAGAACUGGCUCGUCUAGAGAAACAGUUAUCUGAAGAGAGUGUACAAUGA